GACGUCAGCGGCGGGGACCUCCCGGAGUCCAGCGAACGUUAAAGCUCUGGGACCUCGGAUGGCGUCACAAGCCAGCGACUGAGGCCAGGCCGCCGGGGCCGGAGCACCCGAGGUAGCAACGGUGGCGGUAGCCCGCGUUCGCCUGUCGGGGUGUGUGGCCACCGCUGCUGCUGGGGCCUGGAAUGUACAGAUGGCUGGCUAGGCUCCUCGGCACCAUUCUCCGCGUGUGCGAGCGGCCGGCGCCCCGGGCCCGCGCCCAGCUCAAGAGGCGGCGCUCCAGCAGCACUCUAUUUUCUACUACAGUGGACACUGAUGAAAUACCAGCUAAAAGACCAAGAUUAGAUUGCUUAAUUCAUCAAGUGAAAACCAGUCUCUACAAUGCUGCAAGCUUAUUUGGAUUCCCAUUCCAGCUGACCACGAAGCCCAUGGUGACUUCUGCUUGUAAUGGAACACGGAAUGUGGCCCCUUCAGGAGAGGUAUUUUCGAGCUCUUCAUCUUGUGAACUGACAGAUUCUGGAUCCUGUAACAACAUGCUUAAACUGGGUAAUAAAUCUCCUAAUGGACUAAGUGACUAUCCGAAGAUCAGAGUGACAGUAACCCGAGAUCAGCCACGCAGAGUCCUGCCUUCCUUUGGUUUUACGUUGAAAUCAGAAGGUUAUAAUAGAAGACCAAGUGGUCGUCGCCAUAGCAAAUGCAAUCCAGAAAGUUCCUUAACAUGGAAACCUCACGAGCAGGGUGUGACAGAGAUGAUUUCUGAAGAGGGUGGCAGGGGCGUGAGGCGUCCCCAUUGCACUGUGGAGGAGGGUGUCCAGAAAGAAGAGAGAGAGAAGUACCGAAAGUUACUGGAGCGACUUAAAGAAGGUGGUCAUGGAAACUCUCUUCUUCCAGUAGCUUCACAUCAUAGUUCUCCAAGAAGUCAGAUGGACACAUUAAAGACCAGAGGCUGGGUGGGAGAGCAGAGCCAUGGAGUCAGGACUACUCAUUGUGUUCCGAAACAGUACAGAGUUGUUGAAACCAGGGGACCUCUCUGUUCAAUGAGAAGUGAAAAGAGGUGUUCAAAGGGGAAAGUUUCUGAUACAGAGAAGAUAGUUGGACUCCACUUUGAAAAUGAAGGUACAAGAGGACACCAGCUAGAGCCUGACCUGUCAGAAGAAGUGUCUGCCCGGCUUCGCCUGGGCAGUGGAAGCAAUGGCCUACUCAGGAGGAAAAUGUCAAUACUUGAGUCAAAGGAAAAGAAUUUCCCAGGCAAAGAGAAAGAUAGAAGAACAGAUGAUCUCUUUGAGCUUCCAGAGGAUAUGGAAAAGGAAAUCAGCAAUGCCCUGGGCCAUGGCCCACAGGAUGAGAUCCUUAGCAGCGCUUUCAAACUGCGAAUCACCCGAGGAGAUAUCCAGACCCUAAAGAACUAUCACUGGCUCAAUGAUGAGGUCAUUAAUUUUUACAUGAAUCUUUUAGUAGAGAGAAAUAAAAAGCAAGGCUAUCCAGCACUUCAUGCCUUCAGUACUUUCUUCUAUCCUAAAUUAAAGUCUGGGGGUUACCAAGCAGUGAAACGGUGGACCAAAGGGGUAAAUCUCUUUGAACAAGAACUUGUUCUCGUGCCCAUUCAUCGGAAGGUACAUUGGAGCCUGGUGGUGAUGGACCUAAGAAAAAAGUGUCUUAAAUACCUGGAUUCUAUGGGACAAAAGGGCCACAGGAUCUGUGAAAUUCUUCUUCAGUAUUUACAGGAUGAAAGUAAGACCAAAAGAAAUACUGAUCUCAAUCUCUUGGAGUGGACCCACUACAGCAUGAAGCCACAUGAGAUUCCUCAACAGUUGAAUGGGAGUGAUUGUGGAAUGUUUACUUGUAAAUAUGCAGAUUAUAUUUCUAGGGACAAGCCUAUCACAUUUACUCAGCACCAGAUGCCUCUCUUCCGGAAGAAGAUGGUGUGGGAAAUCCUUCAUCAGCAGUUGCUGUGACAGUGUCCCACCUGGUCCUUCUAGCUGCUGGUGGUUCUUUCAUGGAUGUUUCCAUAUACCUCAUGCAUUGUGGGUUAAAAAGUCCCCGCAUCAUUUCUGUUUUCUCACAGGUACUGAGCUGUUAAAAGUGCAUGAAGGCCUCUCCACUGUAUCUCUGACCUGAGGUGUGGAGGGGCUGCUUGCAACCCUGUUUGUAAGGCUGUGCCUGCUCAGAGCCUUGGACUGUUCAACCCAUACAAGAACAAAUGCUAACUAAUGUUUCCUGUUUUAAAGAGUUAUUUCCAUAUGAAUGUAGGAAAUGCAGGAUUUGUUCUAUGAAUUGUUUUGGGUUUUUUUGUUUUUUUCUGUGUAUUUACACAUAUUCACUCAUUUGCAAACAUUGGGCAGUGGCAUUUUUUUCACUGCUCUUUUAUAAUUAACUAUAAAUUACUUAUUUGAAUUAUUUAUUUCUGAAAGGAAUGUUAAUCAAACUCCUCCCCCUGCUGCAGGGAGAGGAAGGAUGAGUUCCCUAGCUUCUCUAAUGCUGGAGCUGGAACUGCCACCGUGAAGUUAAGGUUCUCUUUGGAGGCUUGAAAAUGCCAGAAGAAAUGACAGACAGAUGCUGUGUUGUAGGGAUCUGGCUGCCUUCCAGAGGAAGUCUGCUGAUAUAGCACAGACUGGGUUCAUAGAAAAGCAAGAAUGUGGCCAGAACUUGGUCCACAUCCUCAGAACUGUGUCAUGGUGAUCUUAAAGAGACUUCCCUUCCUGGAACUGAUGUAACCUGGCUUACUUUUAAAACUGGAUUCAAAGUAACUAUACCCUAGAUGUUUCACCCCAGUCUGGUUGAGUAUAAACCUCAGAAUUGUAAAGGGCUGGCCUGAGCCAUCUGUUUCUGAAGAGACUCCUCAAUUUAAAACUAUUUUUCCUCAAAGUUUCCUUUUCUAUGUAUUAAGCUGAAAUUAAAUUCUUUUCUCAUUAGCGUGCCCCACUUCAGUCCCACUGAAAUCUGUUGAGGAAGAUUUGUCUCUGAGGUUGUCAGUUUUACAGUAAUCUAUUUUGGAUAUGAAAGUUUGUAUUUAACUUUUUGUUCAUUAAAAAUCUUACAGAUGUGGUUAUGCAUUUUUAAUUUCAGAAAGUUGGUCAGAACAUACUUUGGAAGACCUAGUGCCUAGUGUUGCUUUUAUGAUGUAAUAAAAGACUGGCAGAACCUAAA